AUGCUUUACUUGGUAACAAUACUUUCAUUGCUAUUACCUGCUUUGGCCUUUAAUGCUCGGAGUAACUCGAAUGUUGCUGUAUACUGGGGACAAAACUCUGGUGGCUCCCAACAACGAUUGUCUUAUUACUGUGAUUCCGAUGCGGUUGAUAUUGUGAUUCUUUCCUUUAUGCAUGAAUUUCCUUCUCCAGUUCAAUUAAAUUUUGCUAAUGCUUGUGAAGGCACUUAUACUGCUGAUGGUAUUUUACAAUGUCAAACAAUAGCUACGGAUAUCAAAUAUUGUCAAAACAAGGGCAAGAUCGUGUUACUUUCAUUAGGAGGUGCUGCUGGAUCUUAUGGAUUUAGUGAUGAUGCCACGGCUAAAAAAUUUGCUCAUACUCUUUGGGAUUUGUUUGGUAACAGUAAAACUUUGGCUACCAAUGAUCGUCCAUUUUAUGAUGCUGUAUUAGAUGGGUUUGAUUUCGAUAUCGAGAAUAAUUGGUCCACUGGUUAUCCAGCAUUAGCUAAUGAAUUAAGAACUCUUUUCCAGAAAGAUACUUCCAAGAAUUAUUAUCUUGGUGCAGCUCCUCAAUGUCCUUAUCCUGACGCUUCUGUUGGUCCAUUAUUGAAACAAAGUGAAAUUGAUUUCGUUUUCAUUCAAUUCUAUAACAACUAUUGUAAUUUGGGUUCUUCCUCUUUCAAUUGGGAUACUUGGUUAGACUAUGCUGAAACUGAAUCUCCAAAUAAAAACGUUAAAUUGUUUGUUGGUGUACCUGCUGCUGCCAGAGCCGCUGGAUCGGGUUACAAUGAUCCUAGUACCGUAUCUCAAUAUUUGACAAGUGAUAUUUUAAACAGCAAAUAUUUGGGUGGUAUUUCAAUGUGGGAUGUUUCAGCCGGUUGGGAUAAUACCAAUUCCAAUGGAAAUUUUGUUGAAAAUAUGAAAGCAAUUGUCAAAAAGGCUGCACCCGUGGAAGAAACAACUUCUUCUUCUACCACCACUACUACCACCACUACUUCCACAACAAUUUCUAGUAGUUCUUCAAGUACUAAAACCAGUACCACCAGUUCCAGCACCACGAAGACUUCAACAAGUAUUCCUAUCACUAGUUCUUCCACAACAUCUUCCACUACCUCAUCAAAAAGUUCAACUACCAAGACAACUCCUACUUUGUCGUCAACUCUGUCUUCUUCGACUAGAAGUAGUAGUGUUCCUACCAGUGUUACUUCCAGUGAAACGACCCCAGCUACUGCACCAACUUCUCUGUCGAGUGCUAUUACCAUUCCAGGUGAUUCGACCACUACUGGCGUUUCCAAAUCUAGUUCCAGUUCAACCAAAGCUGCCACUUCUACCACCAAUGUCUCAUCUUCUUCUUCAGUCAUUUCAUCACCACUGACUACGGCCAUUGCUACCACUCCAAAUGACAAAGAAGUUAUUAAUACCCCAACUGAAAAUAAAACUGAAGCCGAAACUACUUCCAAACCACCUGUAAUCACUAGUGAAUCAGAUGCUACCACUAUCACUCAAAAUUUAACUCCAUCAACUACAACAAAACAUGUAAAGACAACAUCAACAAACAUUGUAACAGAAUGGGUUUGGGCACCAACCACUCUUCUUACCCUUACAACAGAUUAUCAAAUCUUAACAACUAGAACACAUAUUGAAACUGUUUAUGGCGAACCAAGUACUGUAAUUGUCUAUAAUUAG